AUGAUUAUUAUUAAAUUAGAGCCAGGACCAGUAACUUUCCAUGAUGGCUACACUAUCUUUAUAAAGGAAAAUGAUUUUUGCAUUUAUUUAAUUGAAACAAAUGGCCGUAGUCAGGAUAAACUAACAGCUAACACCACUACUACCUACAAUACUAUUCCAAAUCCUAAUAGUCGACAAUACUGUGGAUGUAUUAUCUUGGAGCAGUAA